AUGGUGGUUGCUGCCGAAGCCGCUAAGACUGUCGGGUCCCUUACCAUGUCCCGAUCCGUCAUAUUCCGUCGUUUUGUAAACACAAGCAUAAGAAAAUCACACUCUCAUUUACUCGCUACACCAUCCAGACGAAACUACAGUAAUAUGGACAGCGCGAACGCAACGCAAAAUGGCAGCCAACCGGCUCAGAGCACAUGGGUGGGCCAUCGAGGUGCUGCCGGUCUUGACCUGAGGAGUGAGUACAGGACGGAAGAAAAAGAAAGAAAAAGAAUUGAUAUCUGGCCAUGA